GGAGAAGUUGAUUCAACCUUUCCAGCAAGACAUUUGAUCUUUGGUCGAUUGCCUUAUUCAGCUGGUCAUCAUGGCAUCUUUCGGCAAUCCCACACAGAUCUUUGGUGACGAUGUCAUUGAAGAGAAGGGCGAGAAUGCCCGUCUCUCGGCCUUUGUCGGUGCUAUCGCCGUCGGAGACCUCGUGAAGAGUACCCUUGGUCCCAAGGGAAUGGACAAGAUCCUACAAUCUGCGUCGACAGGAGAUAUCCUCGUGACGAACGACGGUGCUACGAUUCUUAAGUCUAUCGCUUUGGAUAACGCCGCGGCUAAGGUUUUGGUCAACAUCUCCAAGGUUCAGGACGAUGAGGUGGGUGAUGGAACCACAUCGGUCACCGUUUUGGCCGCCGAGUUGCUGCGUGAGGCCGAACAGCUUGUUGCCAAGAAGAUUCACCCCCAGACUAUCAUCGAGGGCUACCGGAUAGCCAGCAAGGCUGCCCUCGCCGCUCUUGAGGCUACGGCGGUCGACCGCAGCCAGGACCCCGAGGCUUUCCGCAAGGACUUGCACGCCAUUGCCCGCACAACACUCAGCUCGAAAGUUCUGUCCCAAGAUCGGGACCAAUUCGCCAAGUUAGCUUGUGAGGCCGUUCUGCGUCUCAAGGGAUCUACCGACCUUUCUCACAUCCAGAUUAUCAAGAAGGCCGGUGGAAAGCUGAGCGAUUCAUACCUCGAUGAGGGUUUCAUUAUGGAUAAGAAGGUCGGUGUCAACCAGCCCAAGCGGUUGGAAAAUGCCAAGAUCCUUGUUGCCAACACAGCAAUGGACACAGAUAAGGUCAAGAUUUUCGGUGCACGAGUCAAGGUCGAGUCUACCGGCAAGCUUGCUGAGUUGGAGAAGGCAGAGCGCGAGAAGAUGCGCCAAAAGGUCGAGCGUAUCAAGGCUCACGGUAUUAACUGCUUCGUUAAUCGUCAGCUCAUCUACAACUGGCCCGAGCAGCUGUUCACCGAGGCCGGUAUCAUGUCCAUCGAGCACGCCGAUUUCGACGGCAUCGAGCGCCUGGCCCUUGUUACCGGCGGUGAGAUCGCCUCCACCUUCGACCACCCCGACCAGGUUAAGCUGGGUGGGUGUGACCUGAUCGAGGAAGUGAUCAUUGGUGAGGACACCCUGAUUAAGUUCUCCGGUGUGGCCGCUGGUCAGGCCUGCACCAUUGUGCUGCGCGGUGCUACCGAGCAGCUUCUCGAUGAGGCCGAGCGUUCGCUCCACGAUGCUCUGGCCGUCCUUUCGCAGACUGUCAAGGAUCCCCGUGUGACACUUGGCGGUGGCUGCGCCGAGAUGGUGAUGUCCAAGGCCGUGGAACAGGCGGCUCAGAACACGACCGGCAAGAAGCAGCUUGCUGUCGACUCUUUCUCUCACGCUCUGAAGCAGCUGCCUACCAUUCUGGCCGACAACGCCGGCCUGGACUCCAGCGAUCUGGUGACUCGUCUGCGCUCGGCCAUCAACAAUGGUAUGACCAGCUCCGGUCUUGACCUGUUGACGCCCGGCGGUGGUAUUGCGGAUAUGCGUGAGCUUGGUGUGGUGGAGGCUUAUAAGUUGAAGAAGGCGGUGGUUUCGUCUGCCUCAGAGGCAGCCGAGCUUCUCCUGCGGGUGGACAACAUCAUCCGUUCGGCUCCCCGCCAACGCAACCGGAUGUAAUGGACACGAUUGUGAUGACAUGGAUGAAUUCAUCUCUGUACUCUUUCUACGAAGGAACUAAAAAUGUGCAAUAGAAGUUCAACUAAGUACAUGAUCUAUCCAUCUA